AUGAUAACUAUGUAUGAUACGAAGACACAGGAGCUGAGGUGGAACGCCACGUACAACGACUACUCUGCCCCGCCUUACGAUGAGAAACAAAACUACAGUACGUACAGACACAAUGAUAAUGUGAUGUACACAGACACAAUGAUAAUGUGACGUACACAGACACAAUGAUAAUGUGACGUGCUGCAGUACACACAAUGAUAAUGUGACGUGCUGCAGGACACACAAUGAUAAUGUGACGUGCUGCAGGACACACAAUGAUAAUGUGACGUGCUACAGGACACACAAUGAUAAUGUGACGUUUUUUGGCGCAGUACACACCAAUGAAUAAUGUGACGUGCUACAGGACACACAAUGAUAAUGUGACGUGCUGCAGGACACACAAUGUUAAUGUGACGUGCUACAGUACACACAAUGAUAAUGUGACGUGCUACAGUACACACAAUGAUAAUGUGGGUGACAGUACACCACAAUGAUAAUAUGACGGCGACAGGGACACACAUGAUAAUGUGACGUGUACAGGACACACAAUGAUAAUGUGAAGUGCUUACAGGGACACACAAUGAUAAUGUGAGUGCUAGCAGGGACCCACAAUGAUUAAUGUGACGGACUGCAGUCCAACAAGUGAUAACGUGACGUGUACAGGAACACAAUGAUAACUGUGGAGUGGCUACAGGAAACACAAUGAUAAUGUGAUGUGCUUGCAGUACACACCAAUGAUAAUAGUGACGUGUGGAAGGACACACAAUGAAAGUGACGUUGCACAGGACACACAUGAUAAUGUGACGUUGCUCAGGGGACACCCAAUGAUAAUGUGGACGUAUACGGACCACAACUGAUAAUGUGGACUACUGCAGGACACACAAUGAUAAUGUGACGUGCUGCAGUACACACAAUGAUAAUGUGACGUGCUACAGGACACACAAUGAUAAUGUGACGUGCUGCAGGACACACAAUGAUAAUGUGACGUGCUUGCAGUACUACACAAUAGAUAUGUGACGUUUUUUUUUUUGUGUGCAGGGACACACAAUGAUAAUUGAGUGCUGCCAGGACACACAUGAUAAUGUGACGUGCUACAGGACACACAAUGAUAAUGUGACGUGCUACAGGACACACAAUGAUAAUGUGACGUGCUACAGGACACACAAUGAUAAUGUGACGUGCUACAGGACACACAAUGAUAAUGUGACGGCGGGCAGGGACACACAGAGAUAAUGUUGAAGUGCUACAGGACACACAAUGAUAAUGUGACGUGCUACAGGACACACAAUGAUAAUGUGACGUGCUACAGGACACACAAUGAUAAUGUGACGUGCUGCAGGACACACAAUGAUAAGGACGUGUGCUACAGGACACAAUGAUAAGGGACGCGCAUGCAGGACACACAAUGAAAUGUGACGGGACUGAUGCAGGACACACAAUGAUAAUGUGAUGUGCUGCAGUACACACAAUGAUAAUGUGAUGUGCUACAGGACACACAAUGAUAAUGUGAUGUGCUACAGGACACACAAUGAUAAUGUGACGUGCUUCUCUGGUUCUGCACAGUGUGAUAAAACAGUGGUUUCUGUUUCUCCAGAGAUGGCCCAUCUUGUUUCCAGUGGUGAUGGGUUGGUGGUCACCGUGGACAGAGAGUCAGGUAACUUCUACCUUUUUACAGACAAGAUAUUACUACGUUCCCAACCACUACAGACACCGACCACACUUUGUUCUAACUGCACUGACCUGCUACAAGAAAACAACCUGCUUACACCGACAGGGACUGCUACAAUAAACCUAGACUAGUUUAUCCCAAUGUUAUUAGGUUAUAACUUUAAUUAUUAUCUCUCUCUCUCUAUGUCUUCUUAAAAUCUCCUCUAAUUCAUCCUCCUCUAAUCUCUCUCUCGCUCUCUCUCUAUCUCUCUCUCUCUUCUCUCUAUCUCUCUCUCUCUCUCCUCUCGUUCUCAUCUCCUCUCUCUCUCUUGGGUCUCUGUAUUGUCUCUUGUCUCCUGCUUGUCUUCGUUUUCUGGUCUCUGUCUCUACCUCUCUCCUGUCUGUUCCUCUCCUCUAUUCCCCAGGUGACGUCCUGUGGAGUCAGAACUAUGUGUCGCCUGUGGUGGGUGGUAAACUGUACAGCAGGACCUCUGAGACACGCCCCUACCUGUUCAGUGCUGGAGGGAGCUGCGCUACCUAA